GACGAGUCGGUAUUGCAGACCUCUUCUUUUCUGGACAGAUCAGCUGUCAAAGGGGCAGUGGAGAAAAACAUCUCAUUUGGAAAAUCUAUUGUGCAAAAAAAUCGUGAUUAUUGUGUAAAAACAUUGUAUUUUCUCAAAUGAUCAUGACGACGUCGCGAUUGGCGCGAGCUGGCCGUAGUCGCUUCUUCAUUGGCGUCGGAUUAUUGCUGCUUAUGGUUGGUUUCGUGGCUAUUUUUCACAGCUCCCAGCAACAACUUGAGCAGCUCCGACAAAUGGGAAUCCGGUGUGAACAGCAGCACGAAGUUAUCUCUGCCCAGCUACAGGUUGAGGUAGAAAAGAGUUUUCGACUGGCAAAGUCUCUUGAGGGGGAGCGUCUGUCCCAUCAACAAAACAGGGUGGAGCUGCAACAGAGAGCUCGGGAGGAAAAAGAAAUCCGGGAAAAGAGUACCAAAGAGUCCAAUUCUCGGUUAGCCUCAAUGCAGCAACACUUCAAGCUCCUGCAGAGUCAGCAUGAUGACCUGCAGGAAUCCUGCGCCAAAUCUCAUCAGAAACAGCUGGAGGAAAACAAUGGACUUCAGAGAAAAUUGGAAAACCUGAGGCAGGGAGAGAAACAGAAGGAUAAGGAGAUUGAACACUGGAAGGUGAAGUACAAAGCUCUGGAGAUUGAAAAGAUCAAUCUCGAGGGUACACUAAAAGCUAAGGGAAUCUCCCUCAGUGACACCCCAAGUCGAAUUGUUCAUCUUGAGAAGGUAAUAGAGCAAUUUGAAGCACAUUGUGCUUUCCGUCCCGAUACUCCUGAUCACCAUGGGAGCAAUUUUGUUCCUUCGGGAAAGAUUCAUGACAACGAAAAGAAUUUCAAUGCACAACUGACCGUGAGUGAAGAUUUAUAUAAGAUACCCAUCAAAAUUAACCGCAUGUCAACUGGUGCUGGGACUGAGGGUGAACAGAGAGCUAUUGUUAAUUCCCUCAACACCUUUCAGAUGGUACCUAAGGUCAAUAAUGACAAAGGUAUCAAUAGUGCUAAUGUACUUCAGGAGCCACCAGCUCAGAUGGCACAAAAGAGUUCCACUGCAACUCUAGAUAGGCGUCAGUCGCCUUCAUCUCCCUCCAAUGUUCACGCAAAUAUACCCCCAAUUGCUGUGAUACCUACUGUAGUGUCCAGUACCAAAAAGACUCCUGAUAUUCUGCACAAAACAAAAUCUCGUGCUGUUCCGCAGGGCGUUGUGCCCGUGCCGGAAAGUAUGAAGGAACUGCUGAAGGAGGAGGAGACACAAAAUGGUGAGAAUUCACCAAAAUCCCCGGAUAGAUAUUCCAAUGCCAUCGUGGAUUCGGUGCAACAGGCUCCACAGCUCAAGAAGGACGAUACUCAUCCGGAGGGAGAGACAAAUUUCCAGAAUGUCAAUGAAGUGGACAAUGGAGCUCAUGAGGUGGAUGACUUUAACAUUGUCGAGGACAAGAAUCAUCGAGAUCAUCUUCAGGAAGUCUUAGAUGAUGAAAAACUGAAUGUCAACAAUGCAGCCGAGGAAGAUACCAAUCUCUAUGACACCAAUAAAAUACCAUUCAAUCGCCAAAAACCAAAUGAUGAUAUCGAUCUGGAAAUUAUCAACAGGCGCAAUCCCCAUUUGGAUGCCAAUGGUGAGAAGCAUAAGUACUCAAAUGACAAAUUAAUGAAUGAGGAAGUGGCGGCUGAUCAGGGAUUUGAUUUGCACAUGGAAGAGCAAGUUGAGGAGGAAGAUGACGAUGAAUAUGCGAAUUUAGCAGCGCGCCGUCAACAGGGACAGGUUGUGCGAAAUUAAUCAACGAUUUUUCCCCUUCUUUCUUCCCUAUCCCACCUCAACUCAUCACCCUUUUACUUCACCAUUUUUACUCAUCUUUGGCGGCAUUUAUACAUUAAGGUAAGAAAAUAUAAUGAAUCAUAAAAUGAUUUUCUCAUUGACAAAUUUCACAAAGUAUUUGCCAGGAGACUGUUGGUAAAUUUUAAAUAUUUUCUCCACUCCCAUUUCCACAAUUAUAAACAUUUUUUUCCGUAGAAUUGGGGGUGUGGAGUAGGAUGGCAUUUAUAUUGUGAGAUAAUUGCCACAUAAAAAAAAAUAUCCCCAAUAACUAAAUAUUUACCAAAAUGAUCUAAAUAUAGGAAAAUAAUAAGAAAAUUUUCAAGUCUCAGUAGAAUCAUUGUAACGGGAAAAAAGUUACUCAACUCUCAUUUACAAGAAUUUUCUUUUUCUUUUUAAUUCUGCAAUAUUUUUGAUUAGGAUUUCUUUAGCAGAAAGAAAAGUAUAUUUUUGUAGGAUAUUUAGAAAAAUUUGGUGCGCAUUUUAAAGAAUAUCCAAUAAAGAAAAACAUAUUUUAAAUUCAGAAUAGCAAUUACAGAUAAAGUGUACCAAAUUCCGGCCAGCUUGCAAUUCCGGCCAUAUUUUUUGUUCCUCAAAAUUCCAUGAAUUCUUAGUUUUUGCAUACUUUAGAGAUUAUACAAUGCAAACAAAAACAAAAAACAUCGCUUCAAUGAGCAAGAUGAUCUGAAAAAGGUAUUGAAAGAAUUCCGGAAGGGCAAGGAACUAUGAGAAUGAAGGUGGCCGGAAUAGGCCACCAAUGCUAUCUCUUUUAAAAUGUAUUCAGAAUGAUUUUAGAGAAAAAAGGACGAUUUAUCUACAAGGUUCCAAGCAACACUCCUUACAAAAAGUAAGAAAAAAAAACAAA